AAAAGUUCGAUGUUGGAACGCAGGACAUACUCUAAAGUUUACUGAGUAGAAUUUAUAGGGUGUAAACAUGAAUUGUUGAUUCAUAAGUGCAAUAAGUGUUUUUAUACCGUAAUUUUUAUUUUAUACAAGAAUAACCGAAUGUUAUGGUUCAAAUUAUGCAUAAAAUGUGAUAGUGUUUUAAUAUUUUUAUAUACGAAACCUUUCAAUGGCUAGUGACAGCGAUAAAUCUUCUGAUAAUCAGAACUUGGAUGGUUCCCUAAAGAGCAAUAAGAAACAAGCACACAGUGAAAAUACUGGUGAGGCUGAAGAAAACAUAAAUCUUGGUGUGCCUCCUAUUGGAAAAAGUGGGCGCCAUUUGUCUAUACCGUUUGAUUCAACAGCAGCUAAUGGGGAUAUGACUAAGAAACAGAAUGGUUCGGCGGUGCGCACGAACAGCUUGGGCUCGGGCGCGCGCACACCGCCCGCUGAGCGAACCAAAUCUAAAUUCUCGGCAUUCGGCAGACUAUUCAAACCUUGGAAAUGGAAAAGAAAAAAGAAAUCUGAGAAGUUUGAAGCAGCUUCAAGAACUUUAGAAAGGAAGAUAUCCGUCCGUGCGAAUAGAGAUGAGUUGGUACAGAAAGGCAUUCUUCUACCGGAAAGUCCGGUUACGCCAGUACCCGAAGCCAAUGAGGAGUUGUCUUCGACGUACAGCGGCGAAGAGGCCCGCGGAGACACGGGCAGCAGCGCCGACAGGCUGGCCGGCGUCCACGCGGCGCUGCAGGCGCAGCUGGCGUCGCAGCUGGCGCAGCAGCAGGCGGCGCUCGCGGCCGCCGUCGCCGCCGCCGCCGCCGCGCACCACCACCACCAGAACAAUAACGUCAUCGAACCAAAGAAAGAUAAAUUGGAGAAUGGUGGCGAGCUGAUGAGGCCCGAGCGACCCAACUCGCUGACCGCAGGGAAACACCCGCGACGCAUAUGUUACCAGGGAGAUGUCGGUGGUGGUUAUGGUUCGACCGGCGACGGCGGCGACAGCGAGGAACAAUUAGUUCUGUCGGAGUUGCCGGAGCCGCCGAUAGCCGUGUCGGAGAUCGGGCCCAUACCGCCCCCUCCCAUGUUCAGCUCGCCCAGCCCCACGCGCCACCACCACCAACACACGCUUGUACAACAUCCUCUCUCUGAUUCUGAAGAGGAGGACGACCAGGACGAGGACGAAGUGGAGCCGCUGACGCUGUGCGCGGACACGUCGCGCAUCGAGGAGAUCCCGCCCAAGGAGCCGAUCUUCAACGCGGUGCCUCUCAAGUCCGCGCUCAAGAAGCGCCCCGCGCCCGCCGCCUCGCCCGCCGCCACGCCGCUCGCGCCGCGCCAGGACCACCAUCACACCAGCUUCAAACGGCCGCCGCCUAAGCCGAGGAUCCGCAUCUGUAGCCGGCCGGUGCGCGUGGGCAAUGCGCUGGAGAACAAGGAGAACGCGCGGCCGUGGGACGGCGAGUACCGCGACGACUACGCGAGCGAGUCGGAGCGCGUCGCCGCCAAGCUCGCGCGCAAGGAGAGCCUCAACAUCAAGCUCGCGCUGCGGCCCGACCGCCAGGAGCUCAUCAACAGGAACAUUCUGGUAGUUCAGAGUGAACACGAGAGGCAAGAGUCGUGGGAGGCGAUAGGAGCCCGCCUGAUACGUCGUUUGUCGAUGCGGCCCACCGCUGAGGAGCUCGUCGAAAGGAACAUACUUAAAAGCCAAUCACCGGCCGAGGAGAAAAAGCAGAAAGAGGAGAAGAAGCGAUAUUUGUUGCGCAAGCUCAGUUUUCGACCCACGGUAGACGAACUCAAGGAAAAGAAGAUCAUUCGAUUCAGCGACUACAUCGAAGUUACGCAGGCACACGACUACGACCGUCGCGCGGACAAGCCGUGGACGCGGCUGACGCCCCGCGACAAGGCCGCCAUUAGGCGCGAGCUCAACGAGUUCAAGAGUUCCGAGAUGGCUGUGCACGAGGAGAGCAAACACCUCACCAGGUUCCACAGGCCAUGACGGCCGCGCUACAGCGCCGGCGCGGGGCGCGUGUGGGCGGGUGUGGGCGCGGGGCGCGGGGGAGGCGGCGCGCGGGUGAUGCGGCGCCGGCACGCCGCCCUCGCGCCGCCACGUUCCCGCUGCAUCUCCACUCAUCUGCCCGGACAUGGCCGCACGCGUGUUUUGGCGUUCGUUGAACGUUGAUUUCUUCCGUUUUGCGGGAGAUGCGUACACGCUGCCCUACCAGGAUGCAUCGGUAAAGUGUUGAAUAUUCUAAAGUUGCAAUUUGUCGCAGUUCGACGUUACGUUUUAUGAUGCGCAUCGUGAGUGCAAUCUUGUUUUUAUACCUUCUAUAGCGCGGCGGCGGAGGUCGAGCGCGGCCUCCGUCCCGCGUCGUUUGGUAUUAAGUUGACGUAUUCUAAGUGUACCUAUACAUUCUUUGAAUUGACCUUCGAGAAAGGUUAGUGAUACUGAUUAUUGUGGAAGAGAUUAUGUGCUUUCUGACUUCUUGUGAAUUGUAAAGUUUACGAGCGAAUUAAUUUGAUAUGCGAGAUGUAGCCUUCGCGUAGAGUUAUAUAAACUUGUGAUUUUUUCUUAUAUUUCUAGAGCUUUUAGCUUGAUAGUCGUUAAGCUAGAUUGGAUUUUAAAUUUAUUUAUUUCUUAUAAGAUUUAAUAUUGUAUUAUGUUUAUGGUCACAAAUUGAAGUUUUGCAAAAUUAUUUCACAUGUUGAGUGUUGUGUAGCGUUAUUAUCUAUGUGUAGUAAACCUGUGUUAUGCCAACAUCGGUGUUAAAUGCAAUAUUAAAAUCCCAUAGCGACUGUUUAUCAGUUGAUUUUUUAUAUUGAUUAUUGCAUUUGUUUUACGAGAUUAACGAGACACUGUCGUAGAUUUUCAGUAUCACUGCUUAAUAAUAUGUAAAGAAAGAUUAAAAGUAUUAUGUAUAUGCGUGAAAAUGUUAUACGUUUUAUUAAAAUUUAUUUGAGUUAUUCGUAGUAAAACAUUUUUCGAGUAAGUAAAUAGGUGGUCAAUUGGUUAUACACUUGUUACUGUAUGUAUUCCAAUUUUGACAAGGUUUUCUAGUUUAAUGCUUCCAAAAAGUCGUGCAUGGUAAUAAAUUAAAAACAAUAUUAGAUAGUAAGAUUUUUAUACAUUUGCUGUUGUACUGUGCACUUGCCUUGGUUUGCUCAAUAUUGUCUCAAAUUAGUACAUGUAAAGGUCUAAUCCAAUUGAUCCCCUAUCUAUCAGGCUUAUCUUCAAUAAUAUGUUUUUUUAAUUAAAAUCAGUUUAGACCCAGAUAGUUCUACGAAAAAAGACGGGUAAGCGUUUUGUUUAUUAGUUUUUACGUAGUGAAAAAUAAUGAUUUGUAAACGAUAGUUAUGAGUUUUGUUUGGAGAUUUUGAGCAUCUGAUUCAGAAGUGACAUUUCAAGUACAGGGAGAGGAGUCAAUGAUUUCAAAUGCACUCACACAUGCCUGUUAUGUAAAAUAAAACAGCGUUUGAUGCAAAACGAAUUAAAUAUAUAGAUUUUGUUAUGUCCACCCUGUACACAGUACGACACCGUACGUGAGCAACUUCGGCGGGAACAACUUGUUAAUCAUCUUGUCGCUCUAGCUUAGACAUAGCGUAAGUUAUUAAAAGUUGAACGAACUAUUGUAUUAAGGACUACGUUAAACGAGUGGAUAAACUCAUAAACUGUAGCUGUUAUGAGAGUUGAUACGCCUUCUGAGAUUGCAUUAAUUCUCAUAUAUUAUUAAACGAUUUAUUUCUCGUCGAGAGUGAGUGUACCUACGAGUGUUUUUUGAUUGUCUCAAUAUUAUAUUGUAAAGAAGAGCAAUAAUUCUGUUGCCGGCUCGUCUGAAUUGUGAAAUUGUUCGAAGUUAGCGUUGAUAAUGUUUUUAUAUUAUUGUAUAAAUAACUUCUUAUUAGAGUAACUCAUAGUUAAGUAUCAGUUAUUUUUUUUAUAUACGCGAUGUAUUGUUCAGUAGCGGUGCCAUUUUGUGACGUGUUUUGGAUAUCGGCGUUGUUCGUGUUCCUAGCGACCCCGGCGAUGUUGGGUUGCAACGUUCUAGCGAGUGUCGAAUGAAACUAAUAUUAGGGAAUCAAUUCGGAAACACGAACUUGACAUCCGAUGCAACGCGUGAUCCUGAUCUAAUAUAAUUUGUCGACACAUGUGUGCGCAUGCGGUGAUUGAGGCGUAUCGUGUUGAAUCAAUGCGCAAACAGCAAUCUCAAUGCGUACACGAGCAUGUUAUACUUAGCCAGCUACGGAAACGUUUGUAACAUGAUGGUUAUUCUUGAGACCAUUCCAUUAUAGAAUAAAGUGGAAGCCAAAAUGACGACUUAUUUUUCUAAUCGAUUUUGUUAGAUUUGCAAUUUAAAAUAUUAAGAUAAAAUGUAGAUGUUUAUCGAUAUAUUAUUAAAUGUUAAGACAUCAGAUUUCCAAAGAACUAAAGCUCAACUAAAUUCUUUUAGCUAACUUACAUAAAGCCAUUCGUAUAUUGUGUACGUAGAAAUAAUAAUAUGAUAUUAUAAUGGCUUUGCUGAAAUGGAGAACGGUGAACAAAAUGUAAUUAGAUUAAUUUAUAUCUGAAAAUUUCUCAAACAUCACAAUUAGGGUUGCAUUUUAUGAAUCGUUUUUUAUAAUAAAGUGUGAUACAAUUCUUCUUAUUUUAUUAUAAUUUGUAAUUAUACAUAUUACUGUUUAAAUAAACAUUUUUAGUAUAAUGCUGCGUGGUGCUAAUAAAUCAUGAGCAUUACAAUCUCCUUUUCCCUUUCUUCUUAAUAGCUACUAAGCGUUUUAGUUGUCUUGUACGUCUGUCUUGAAUAUUGUUAUGCUCAUUACCAUAAUAAAGAAAGCUCUAAAAUUAUAGUUUUAUGAACGUCAUUAGCGAUACUUCAAUGUGCCGCUGAUGUAACAGUAGUGACGUGUUAAGCUCAGUUCCAAUUAACAUACGUUUAUUAUCGAAAACAACGUAUCCUGCUCGCCGAACAAUCCGUCUGAUGGUUUGGCGCAUGUUAAACUAGAAGAGCAAUUAUAUCGAUAAACAUUGUUUUAAAAUAAAACCUUAGUGGAUUUUAAUAAUGAAAAUUAUGGAAUCUCCUUUUCCAUUGAUAACUUGUUUAUCCGUUUCGUGCUAUAUUAUUACAUUUUAUAAUCUUCAGUAAUCUGUAUACUGUUGCUUUUAUUUUUAAUAUUGUAUAAAUUAUUAAUGAUACGUUGUAAUAAGUAUAAAAAUAGCCAUAAAAUUAAUUGUUUUAUAUAAAACUAAGUCUGUAAAUAUCAUGAUUAUACAUUAAGUUUUAUACUUGAC